AAAAGACGCUAACAAAUCACUUAAGAUAAAUAAUAAAAUUUAAAGAAAUGACAAAACAAACACACACACGCACACGCAGAUCAUAAAUACAGCAGUACUUUGAAGCAAUUUCUGUCGGACAUAAAUUAAUAUUAAUUUUUUGUGAUUUUUGUGAUUUUUGUGAAAUGAGAAGUGUUUCGGCUAACAAAUUUCGCUGAUAACCUGGUGGAUUUAAAGCAAGUAAUAUUGCACUAGACCUCAAGUAAAAUACGUACCGGAAAAGCUCUGGCCCCGAAGCGUAAACCCAAGAAUAACUCAGUUGGGCGUCCUAAACUGGAUAAAGAAAAAAAACACGCUUCGGCCCAGAAGCGUAAAAAGAAAAACCCAGUUGCGUCCUAAACUGGAUAAGAAUGAAAAACCCAGCAAAACGUUCCUGGCUUACAGACCAACCCAAAGCUUCGCGGCCACCAAAGCGUUUAUUUACACCAGAAAUAAAGCGUAUGCUUAAAGAAUGGCUGGUACGGCGACGUGAUAAUCCGUAUCCAAAUCGUGAAGAGAAGAAAGAACUUUCGUUGAUGACUGGUCUAACCUAUACUCAAGUCUGUAAUUGGUUUGCAAACUGGCGUCGUAAAUUAAAGAAUUCAGAACAUGAACAAAAAACUUGGGGCCAACUCAUAAAGAAUUACAAUUCAAAUGCUCGAGGAAAUGUAGAGCAAUUCAGCAUUUCAUCCGAGAACAGCAUUUGGGAGGAGGAUGGUCAUAGUAUUGACUUUACUACUAGCGACCAGUCAGAUUCUAGUUUAGAUGAUUUUAUUAAUGAUAGGGUAACAAAUGAUACUGAUAACAAUUUCACUCGAAAUGACAAUACAUCGACUAAUAGACAUCGAGAACCUCAAUUAAGAAGUUAUUUUUAUGAAAACAAAUUAUCCGAAGAACAACAAUAUAAAAAAUUUAAAUUCGACUCUGAUUCUAAUAAAAUAGUAAAUACCGCUACAACAAGCUCAAUGGUUGGGAAUGCUUCAAUAAAUUACAAUUAUAAGCAUAAGAUAAUCGCUAAAUAUAUGCGUGAUGUUAGUGAUGAAAAAACUUGCGAUGCAAGUGCUAGCUCUUGCUCGUCAAGUGGUACCGCCUCAACUGAUGCUGAACUAUCAAAGUGGCUUAAAAGUGCGGAAGAGUAUACCCCAAGAAAUAAUUAUUUUAUCGACUGGACAAAUCGUGGUCAAGCUGCAUGCUGUAAACCUGAUCAAAUAGAAACUAAACCAAAACAGAAUGAAGACGAUUCCGAUAACUUACAGUUGGAAGACAUCGUAACAGAGAAUUGUUCCCCUUUAGUAACAAUUUCCAGCGAAGAGUACAGAGAAUACCGCAAAAAAUAUGACGAUGAUGAACUAUUGGCUGCCGAUGCACUAAUGAUCCUCAGAACUUCCUAAUUAGGACUAAUUUAUCCAAUUACUUAACAUUGCAAGUUAAACUUUACCAUUCCAACAAUUAAGAGGAAAAUACAAUGUAAACAACGUACAAAGAUUAUUUUUUAAAAUUUUUUAAACUUAAAUAUAGAAAAA